UGUGCAGCACCAUUCGGCGUCAACGGUGAUCAAGGUGUGUUCGCGGGGUGCAAGAUGCGGCUGAUUAUCCCAUUGGUGACUGUGGCGCUGGCUGGCCUGGCCACGGCCAGUGGCGGCUUCGCUUUUGGCGGCUCUGCCCUGGGUGUCAGCGGCCUGUCGUACGGCGGAGCCGGUCAGAGCUAUGGCGGAAACGGUCCGCUCGGCCUCUUCUACUCGUUCCUGGACCCGUACCUGCGCUACCAGGAGUUCACCUGGCACGAGGCCAACUACCUGUGCCAGAGCCGUGGCAUGCAGCUCGUCUCAUUGGACAACUACCAGAAGGAUAGCCUCGUGUCACAGCUGAUCGGAUAUUACGGCGUCCGAUGGAUCUGGACUUCCGGACAGCGGUCUGGCUACCAGUUCUACUGGGCCAACGGCACCCCGGUCGGCCUGUACCACAACAACUGGUCGUACACCGGCAGCCAGGGCAUCCCGCAGCCGGACAACGCCGAGGGCAACGAGUACUGUCUGGCUGUGCUCAACUACUUCUACCAGGACGGCAUCGUCUGGCACGACAUCGGCUGCUCCCACCGCAAGUCCUUCGUGUGCGAGCCCUACUACCGCUAAUCGUCGACCCCGUGAUCCUGCUGAUGCCGCUGCAGUGGCACCUCAACCUGUUUGUGAACUUCUCCUUUUUGAUCUGCAAGCGAAAAGUUUGCUCAAACUUUGUGUAUGGACAGAACAAUAUAAACUGAACGUGGCCA